CCCAGGGUGUACACUUGUACGCAUACUCUCGUCUCUAUACGAACACGUGUAUCGUGACGUGGAUCUUGCCUUUCUCUCUCCUCCUCCUUCACCCCCCGCCAUCUCUCUCUAUCUUCUGCAAAAGCUAAAAACUCUUCCCUUGCUCUGCGUUUUCUAGAGAGAGAAAGUAGAGACAGAUAAUGCAGUAGUAGAGAAGCUAGGGUUUGGGCCUCAGUAAAUCAACCAAUUUCUAUUUUUCCUUUCCACCAUUGGAGAUAGUCGGAGCUCUUCGGUUUUUACUUUUUUUUUUUUUUUUUUGGGUUUUGGUUUUUUGAAGUUUUUCGUCGCUGCCAGAGGUUGGUGGUGGUUCGAGAAUUGAAGCCGACUGACUGUUCUGUCAAAAAACGGAAGUGGUGGCUGUCAAAAGGAUUUUCUUGUGUCAUCUCUGAAUCAUUCAAGAAUACCAGUUUGGUGCUUGGACCAUGGGAAAUAGUGAAGAGACAAAGCCUUCUAAGCCUGUGAAACCAUCUUCACCUCCAUUGGAUCAGGCCAACAACAUUCAUGUCUAUCCUGAUUGGGCAGCCAUGCAGGCAUAUUAUGGCGCCAGAGUUGCUGUACCACCAUAUUUUAACUCAGCCGUUGCAUCUGGUCAUGCUCCUCACCCUUAUAUGUGGGGACCACCACAGCAUAUGAUGCCACCUUACGGGCCGCCUUAUGCAGCAAUCUAUGCGCAUGGAGGUGUUUAUGCACAUCCUGGAGUUACUCUUGCUGCCAUUCCAAACAUGGAAACACCUACCAAGUCAUCAGGAAAUACAGAUCAAGGUUUAGUGAAGAAAUUGAAAGAGUUUGAUGGGCUAGCAAUGUCAAUAGGCAAUGGUAAUGCAGACAGUGCUGAGGGAGGAGCUGACUCUCAGAGUGAGGAGACAGAAGGUUCUAGUGAUAGAAGUAAUGGAAAUACGGGAGGGGCGGGUCAAAAUGGUAGGAAAAGAAGCCGCGAGGAAAUACCAUCUAUUGGUGAAGAUGGGAAGACAAAAACUCAGAGCAGUCCAGUUCCAGUGGGUGAAAUAAAUGGUGCUCUUGAUAAAGUUAUGGGUGUCAUUGUCCCUUCUCCAAGUGUUGCAGGAAAUAUGGUGGGAACUAUCACAGCAUUGGAGCUCGGGAAUUCUCCAAAUGCAAAUGCUAGUCCAAAUGGUGCCUUGUUGCAGAAUGACCGGGAGCUGAAACGGGAAAGAAGGAAACAAUCUAAUCGAGAAUCUGCCAGAAGGUCCAGAUUGAGGAAGCAGGCUGAGGCUGAAGAACUUGCAACAAGAGUUGAAUCCCUUGUCACUGAAAAUAUGUCGCUUAAGUCGGAAAUUAAUCAACUGACUGAGAAUUCAAAGAAACUGAAGCUUGAAACUGCUAUGUUAAUGGAAAAGUUGAAAAAUGCACAAGGAGGACGAACCGAGAACCUGUUGUCUAGAGUCAACAAUUCUGGAUCUGUUGAGAGAAGCGACGAAGGGAGUGAAAUGUAUGAGUCUAACUCAAAGGCCGGUGCAAAGCUCCAUCAACUUCUCGAUACUAGUCCCCGGACAGAUGCUGUGGCUGCUGGCUGAUCAAGGAAACUGUAUGGCUGUUAACUCUUAAGCAUCUUUUUAAUUUAAAAAUUUUAAGUUAAUUGAGUACUUUUGGCGUAAUUACAAGCCCAAAAUUACCGCUAACAUUAGCAGAGGAACAUAUAAUAGCUGAAUAGAAAUUAAGAACACAGAAGACUCUGAUUUUUACUUGUGAUUUAGAUCUCUCUUGGCAGGACUGAUUUGUGUUUUAUUAGAUUCAGAGUGCCGGAAUGGCCACUGCUAGUUGAUGUAACUCAAAAUUUUAAAAAAAGCCCCCCUAGAUUUGGAGUGUACUGGAACUAUAUUUGUGGUUUGUGUAAUUAUUGAGCAUUUUUAAGGACCCUUUAUGAUGUUGAAUAAACA